AUGGCUGAGAAAGAACAGGCUGCUGUUGCUCCUCAAAAUGGAGAGGGGGACUCUGAGAACCUGGAUGACCCUGAGAAAUUGAAGGAGCUGAUCGAGUUACCGCCCUUUGAGAUUGUCACAGGGGAACGACUUCCUGUCAAUUUCUUUAAGUUUCAAUUCAGGAAUGUGGAGUACAGCUCUGGGCGGAACAAGACCUUCCUGUGCUAUGUGGUGGAAGUCCAGGGCAAGGACGGCCCAGGCCAGAUGUCCCGGGGUUACCUGGAGGAUGAGCAUGCGGCAGCCCAUGCAGAAGACGCCUUCUUCAAAACCAUCGUGCCCACCUUUGACCCUGCCCUUCGCUACAACGUCACUUGGUAUGUCUCCUCCAGCCCCUGCGCAGCCUGUGCUGACCGCAUCUCGAGCACUCUGAGCAAAAACAAGAAUCUUAGGAUGCUCCUCCUGGUGGGUCGUCUCUUCAUGUGGGAGGAUCCUGAGAUCAAGGCUGCCUUGAAGAGGUUGAAGGAAGCGGGAUGCAAGCUACGCAUCAUGAAGCCCCAGGACUUCGAAUACGUGUGGCAGAAUUUUGUGGAGCAAGAAGAGGGAGAGUCGAAGGCCUUUGUACCCUGGGAGGACAUUCAAGAGAACUUCCUUUACUAUGAGGAGAAGCUGGCUGAGGUCCUGCACUGAACUGCCUUCACAUGGCUAGCUUGUCACCUCCAAAAGACAUCAGUGACAUACACAGCCAUCUGGGACAUGCCUGUGGCUUCCUAAUACCACUUGGAGCCAGACCAUAUCCAAGUCAACCUCAUCAGACAGGCCCCUAACGGACUAAAAAUACACUCCCUGUGCUGCAAUUAAUUUAAG